AUGAGUCUUUUUUCAAUAUUUCACAACGAUCCAUUUUUUUCGGGUAUUGAUCUACCAUCACGAUAUGAUAAUCAUAAUCGUCAAUUAACUCAACGUCAACGAAAUGAUGAUCAAGAUUUGGCACUUUCUGAUAAUUCAUUUGGAUUAAUGCAAAAUAUGAUAAAUCAAAUAGAACCACGAAUGUAUAGUAAUGAUUUAAGUGGUCGAAAUGCUCAUGGUGUUUCAUUCAGUUCAUCAACAAUUAUGAGUAUGGAUAAUCGAAAUGCAGGACAACCAAGAAUUAUUCAAGCAGCUUCAGAACAAAUACGUGGACCUGAUGGUCUUGAACGAACACGUAAAGCCGUUCGUGAUACAGGACGAAAUUUAGAAAAAAUGGAGAUUGCACAUCGACUUGGUGAACGUGGUCAUCGAAUCAUAAAAGAACGAAAUCCAUCAACUGGACAAUUAGUGGAAAAUCGUGAAUUUGAACAUAUUGAUGAUGAAAAUGAAUUUGAACGUGAAUGGUUUACUCGAGCUGAACGAUAUGGUUUGAAAAAUUCUAAUGGAAAUCGUUUUACUUCAUAUACAAAUAAUUUAUUAAUGACACCACCAUCAAAUGGACGUCUUCGAUCACAAUCUCAAGGACCAAGACAUUUAGCUAUUGAACAAACACGUCCAGAUGAUACUCGUAGACAACAACGCAGAGAUUAA